CGGCGCCCCCAGUGGCUGCGGGCGGCGCGCGCGGCGUCCUGGGCUCCGGCGGGGACGGAGACCUUCUGAGCGGCGCGCGAUGCUGGCGACGCGGGCGAGGGUCGCGGCUCUGCGGAGAACAGGCCUGCUCUCCCGUCGGGGCGGCGGGAGGGGACUGUGGACCGGCCGCCCGCAGUCAGAUGCUGACAAUAUGAAGCCAUUGGCGGGAGUAAAAAUUCUAGAUCUAACAAGGGUGCUGGCAGGACCUUUUGCUACUAUGAAUUUAGGAGACCUUGGAGCAGAAGUUAUAAAAGUGGAAAGACCAGGUGCUGGUGAUGACACACGAACUUGGGGGCCACCUUUUGUGGGGACAGAAAGUACUUAUUUUCUCAGUGUUAACCGAAACAAAAAAAGUAUAGCCGUUAAUAUCAAGGAUCCGAAAGGGGUGAAGAUCAUCAAAGAGCUCGCAGCUGUUUGCGAUGUUUUUGUGGAGAACUACGUCCCUGGCAAGCUGUCUGCCCUGGGCCUGGGGUAUGAAGACCUCCACGGGGUGGCACCUCACCUUGUCUACUGCUCCAUCACAGGGUACGGGCAGACAGGUCCGCUGUCUCAGCGAGCUGGUUACGAUGCUGUGGCCUCUGCUGUUUCUGGUCUAAUGCACAUCACAGGACCUGAGGAUGGAGAUCCAGUUCGUCCAGGCGUGGCCAUGACUGAUCUUGCCACUGGCCUUUAUGCUUAUGGAGCCAUUAUGGCUGGAUUGAUACAAAGAUAUAAAACCGGAAAAGGACUCUUCAUUGAUUGUAACCUACUGUCAUCCCAGGUGGCGUGUUUGACCCAGGUAGCUGCUAAUUAUCUUAUUGGCCAAAAAGAAGCUCGGCGUUGGGGCACAGCUCAUGGCAGUAUUGUUCCUUACCAGGCUUUUAAAACCAAGGAUGGAUAUCUUGUAGUUGGAGCAGGAAAUAACCAACAGUUUGCUACUGUGUGCAAGAUCUUGAAUUUGCCUGAACUGAUAGGCGAUGCCAAGUACAGAACCAACCACCUUCGAGUACAGAAUAGAAAAGAGCUUAUUAAAAUUCUUUCGACACGGUUUGAAGAAGAAAUGACCAGCAAGUGGUUACACCUCUUCGAAGGCAGUGGAGUCCCGUACGGCCCAAUUAACAACAUGAGGGAUGUGUUUGCAGAACCCCAGGUGGUACACAAUGGCCUCAUCAUGGAGAUGAAGCAUCCAACUGCGGGGAAGAUAUCAGUUCCAGGCCCAGCUGUGAGAUACAGUACGUUCGAGAUGUCAGAGGCCAGGCCGCCUCCCCUGCUCGGGCAGCACACGACGCACAUCCUGAAGGAGGUCCUUGGAUACGACGACGGGGCCAUCGGGGAGCUGCUCAGCGCUGGAGUAGUGACCCAACAUGAGGUCGAGUGACAAAG